AUGGGUGACAUCUCCCUCCCCACUCCACUCCCAGCACCAACAUGGCCCAACAGAUUCCAACAUGUAGACACUCUCCUGGACCAUCCGGGGCCCAGCACUGACCCCAAUUUCAUUGGCAGUGAAGCUGUUCAGUGCUUCUUAUGCGAAGAUAGCAAGGUGCUCAUCAUCAGCACUGGGGGGCUGGGGUGCGAGAUUUUGGCAAAUUUGGCCCUGAUGGGAUUUGCAGAUAUUCAUGUGAUUGACAUGGAUACUGCAGAUACUAUUGACAUCAGCAACCUUAACCAACAGUUCCUGUUCAGACCGAAAGAUGUUGGAAAACCAAAAGUGAUUGUCACUGCAGAGUUCAUCAUGUCCCACAUUCCAGGCACCAAAGUCGCCCCCUACUUGUGCCCUGACACCUACUUUGGGAAGAUACAGGAUAAGCCUGAGUCCUACUACAUGCAGUUCAAUCUCAUUGUCUGCAGGCUGGAUAAUAGUGUCAAAGCUAGGAGAUGGAUGAAUGCUACACCUGUGGCAAUGGUCAAUCCUGACAUGCCAGAGAGUCUCAAGCUGAUGAUUGACAGUGGUACAGAGGGCCUCAAAGGCCAGGCAAGGGUCAUCCUACCUUCUAUCAUGAGCUGUUAUGAAUGCAGCUUGGAUAUGCUUAACAAGCAGACUGUCUUCCCCAUCUGUACAAUUGUGAAUACUCCUAGGCUGCUGGAACACUGUAUCAAAUGGGUGAGCAUGCUAGAGUGGCCCAAAGUCUUCCCAGAUAAGAAACUCAAUACUGACGACCUGGAGCACAUCCAGUGGCUCUUCAUGCACACCUCUACCCACACACAUGAAUUCAAGAUCGAAGGCAUCACCUGGUCUCUCACCCAAGGCAUUGUCAAGAACAUCAUCCCCACAAUCAUGAGUACAAAUGUGGUGAUUGCUGCUUCCUGCUGUACAGAGGCAUUCAAGCUGAUGACAAACUGCGCACCAAGGCUGGACAACUACUUUAUGCUGAUUGGGGAGAUGAUUGAUAUGCCUGUGAAGAAGGAAUGGAUGCUUGAGAGACUUAUCAGGGCUCUUGUAGAGAGGCAGGAUAUACAAGCAAAGAAACCCUCCCUAUCUGUCAAUGGCUGCAGCUUGUACCUCCAAGCCCCUCUGCAGCUGGAAUGUGCCACCUGCCCAAACCUGGAAAAGAAGCUUGUCAAUCUUGUGAAUGUUGGGGAUGAGCUGAUGGUCAUGGCUGGCUUGUUGCCAUUCAACCUUACCCCGAGGGUGCUGUUGAAGGACUGA